GUUUAGCCGGCACUUCAAAUUGCGCUUUGGCGUUUGUAAGUUCCCGAAAUCUCCACUGGCGCUACUGGCGCUGGAAAGCAUCCCAGGUCAGGGUUUUCUGCAAAAUCGAGCUGCGCGCGUUUUCGCAGGGCCGGAAGGUGUUAUUGUUUCUCUGCAACAAUUUUGGCACACAUGUUUGUCUCAGACCCGGCCGGCCAAACUAGUAGCUGUUUCUUGCGCUUGACCUUGCUGCGCCAUGCGUUUUGCUGCAAACUGUCCAGUGUGGCUUCUGGCGACAGCAGCUGUUACUCUUUGGAGUCUCUGGCUUAUGGAAGCGCGGUGCUGCAUCCUGAAGAUGUUUCCACAUGGUGGGCUCCCAGAACAUCGGCCGCCGCCUGUCUGCAGAAAUGGUCCUACCAGCCUACAAGCAACAUCUUUUGUGGAAAGCUUGAGGGCUAAUCUUUCACUGUUUCAGGCGCCAGGGGUGAAUGUUUCACCCGAUGUUCUGGCAACUUUUGUUGAAAUGGCAGCCCCCGUGCUGCGGUCCGACCGUGUACACACAGGGGAAAACUGGCCUCGCGGUUUUGCGCCGCCAGUUGCGCGCAAUGAUAAAGGGAAACAGCCAGCCAGCUCAUCGCACCGUUUCCCAUUCCGAGUUGGAGUUUUUGGAGGGUCCGUCAGCACGCGGGGAUGGACUCGCAAAUUGCAAAACCAUUUGGAUAUUUUGCAGACACCUGCCAUUGUAGAAAGUAAUGCUAUUGGCGCGACAGGGACCGGGUUUUGGCUUCUUUGCCCGCCGGCGCGUCGAUAUGACGUACUCGUCGGAGAAUGGAGUUUGAAUGAGCUGAGUGCCCGGAAUUUGCACGAGUGGAUAGCGCAAGCUGCACGCAUAUCUCGCUACAUUUGUUUUUUGGAUGUUUUUGGGUUUGGCUUGGACCAACCAAACCAAAUAGAUGCGCCCAAUGUGUACAAACGCGUGUCAUUGGACUACAUGCUGGCCAACCCUGGCUCCAGUGGCUUCGUCGCCUUCAGGGAUGCGGCUGCAAUGUGGUGGCGGUGGAUGUCGCCUUUUACCACUCGCCUCUUGUUUUCAGCAGUGCCAGAAGAAUGUCACGCGGCAGCAGAAGCAGUCGGAUUAGCUGGCAAGAGGGAUGUUGAAGCUAUUAUUUCAACGUGCAUGAAACGUCACGCAGACUCAUUGAAGCAUGGAACAGAGCUUUACCAAGAGCUGGUGGCUUUGAGUGUUUCAUGGGCUGUAGCGAAUGUGUUGCUGACGAUGAAGGCAACGCCGUGGAGCUCGCAAAAGCCGGAACAUGAACACACUGCUAUGUGUGUUGGGUCGUACGGCAUGAAAUAUGUUCCAGGGAUGCCGACCAUUCUGCCUCAAUCAGACUUGACUACGCUAAAUUUUACGAAGAUUUCAGGCUUUCAAUAUGGCGACGUCAUGGGCGCACCCCGACCGACCAAGAAGUUGAGCAUGUAUGCUACAGCCCCAGGAGCAGUGCUGGAGCUGCGCCUCCCUUCAUGCGCAAGAGCUGUUACAAUCAUGUAUGUCGGGCACACGUGGGGCCCAGAUGGCAGUACCUUCGAGAUGCGCGUGCAAAACAAAUCUAGGACACACCACACUGACGUGUACGGACGUUCCAAAGCUGAACCUCCGAAAGUCAGGUUUCCGAAGUUGUCACAUCGGUUGGAUGUCACACCCGGCUCCAAUGCUUUCUUGACAGUGACGACGCUUGACGUUCCAAAGGGCAACUUCGUGGAAAUAUGCAGAGUUAUUCUUGCUGGAUGUUGAGCUUCAGCUGUGACCGGAUUUUGAUCUGACAGGCGUGGGCGGACGGAACAAAAGGCA